AUGAUGUUUGAGUAUUAAUUAGCAUUAUAAUGUAAAUUAUCAUUUUAAUUAUUAAGAUGAUAGAUUUUUAAAAUCUAAUCGCAUUUACUAAACUUAGAACUUAGACUUAAUAAUAAUUGUCCUUGCUUUUUAAAAGUUGAAUAAGACAAAAUUCAGAACUAGAAUUGAAUAAUUCUUUGUCAAUUAGAUAUUUUAAAUUGAUAUUCUUGACAUAGAAGUAUUUCAAUAAAUAAAAUCUAUUCAGAAACAUUAAUGAGUGUUACAAACAUGAAAUUAGACCGAUAAAUUCGAAGAAACAAACAAAAUAUUUGAUCUUGAAUUAUAAACAGU